UCUGGGCAGAGGAGCAGGAGGAGAAAAACCCUCCGCUGUUUUUUUCCAGUUUUUUCACCUUUGCGGGAUUUUUUUCUUUUCGUCCGCUUCCAGACCUGCUCGAGCUUGAUCUUCUUUUUUGAAUAGUGACCGAAGGCCUGCAACUUGUCCGGACGGUCCUCUCCCCCCCACUCGCAAGGGAGGAAGAGUUUGCUGACCUUGGGUAAGACGAGCAGGUUCCCGGAGAAGAAAGAUGUGGCGUCACCUGCCCCGCUCUCCAUGGAGGGACGUGUUCACCGAGCAGACAUUCGCUUUAACCUGAAAAGCUCUUCCUCUGCUGGAAUCGACCACUUGGUGAUAUUGUGUUUAAUAGAUCAUUUUACACCUCCGUCGUAGGAUUUGAUGGACUGCCUUGGGGGAUCUGUGCUCGGGACCUAGCUUGGUUCAGUGACUCACUGCAGUUUUGCAUUACCUGUAAAAGGCUCUAUCUGGUGGAUAUUACAUGGUUGCCCUGGAUCUAACACAUUGAUAACAUUCGCUUGGAUAUUGCGGAGCUAGUCUGGUAGGGUUUUUCACACGAGUGGAGGUCAAGCGGAGCCAUCGUUUGGCCCCUCGACGAGUUUGAUUCUCUGCAAGAGGAGCGCUUUUUUGGAGGUUUCCUAUGAAGGACAUGGAUGGCCCUCGAUCUAGUGGCCUACGCAAGAAGAGGAAGUCCAGGUCAGAGCGGGGUCUGGGCAGGAGGCCAAAUGGGAUAAGGAGCAACCAUGUUAAGGGUGCAGUCUUUCCCUUCUCCUCCGACUCGGAGCGGGAGGGCGAGCGGAAGCCCUCCUCAUCCCGCCCUCGACCCCCACGAAGAAAGCGUAAGGAGUCUACUUCGGCUGAAGAGGACAUCAUUGAUGGCUUCUCCAUCACCGGGUUCGUGACCCUGGAGGCGCUGGAGAAAAACAUGACCCUGAAGCCCCAGGAGUGUAGUGACACCCACGCAGGGCCCCUGCAUAAGAGAAAGCCUGGCAGGGUCCCCAACGGCCGGAGCCUGGAGACAUCUAAGAGCAAUCGCCAUCACCACAAGCUUUCAGACCAGGAGAACAACCCCCGCCUGGCACACACACAAGGCAAGAGGAAGAAGAAACACCUGAACAAGAAGCAGUCAGUGCUGAAGCCGGGCCCGAACAACUGUAAAGGCAGCGACAGUGAGAGUGUGAGCGGAGAAUCCAAGCCUUCAUUCAGGAGCAGCUCCAGAGACAGGCUGACGGAUGGUGACACAGAGAGUGACCAGGACGACAAGGUCUCCAAUGCUGGCUCCGAGAAGUUUUUCAGCACAGCCGCAGUUAAAGUUCCAGAUUUUGGCGUUGAUGUGCUCUCCACCAAUGGCAGCCAGGAGCCUAACGGCCCAGGCCUUCUCAAGGUGUCAGGCCUAGAGCGCAGUCAAGAGCGGAGCCAGGAGAACUGCAGGGACCCACAAGCCCCUGCAGCCAGCAGCCUCAAUCAGCCUUUGCCCCCCCAAGUCAUUCCCCUGACUCAGCCCCAGCCAUCCAUCCCCCUGCCCCUGUCCCCCAACUGGAGCCAGGCAAAAAGCCCAACUCAGGCACCGGCCGCAGCCCAACCGCCCCCACGUUCAGAGGCUCUUCCCAGGCCUCAGACGCCCGCAGCCCUGCCUCUCGCCCAGGGCCAAGAGCCCUCGCUGCCCCCCCCUCCCCGGCCCAAGCAUCAGCCUGAACUGCUGUCUCACCCCCGGCCAUCACCAACGCCCAGCCUUCACCCACAUCCUCCAUCGCCUGCCCCCCCAACUCACCACCCUCACCAACAGCAUCCAAGUCAGGCAGGGCCCCACCGGCCCCCGUCCCGCUGCCACUCCCGGCCCCUGUCUGUCUACAACGGCCUUAACCUCAACGGUCACAGCAGCAGCAGAAGCAGCACCCCAGGCUCCAAGCCCCACGGGCCGCCUGGUCCCUCCUUUCACCUCCCCCACCACCCGCCCCCUCCCGCGGCGGCAGCAGCAGCCUCUACCUUUCCCCUGCCCUUGGCUGCCAACCAGAGUACCCCCCACGGCUUCCCCCCUGCCUUGCAGUCCUCGCCACACCCACAUCACCCCAAUAUGUUCGCUCCUCCAGCAGCCUUACCUCCACCACCACCAUUGACUUCUAGCACUCUGCCAGCACCUGGACAUCCUGCAGCUGGGAGUGCCUAUUCAGAGCAAGAACUUCUGCGCCAGGAGCUCAACACCCGUUUCCUGGCCUCCCAAAACUCAGACCGCGGCGCCUCGCUGGGCCCUCCCCCCUACCUGCGCACCGAGUUCCACCAGCACCAGCAUCAGCACCAGCAUCAGCACCAACACACCCACCAGCACACCCACCAGCACACCUUCACGCCCUUCCCCCACGCCAUCAUGCCCACCCCAGCACCGCCUAUGGUGCGUACCCCUACCAGAAAUUUUGAAAAAUACCCAACGAAAGUUGACCCCUUCUACAGACACAGCCUCUUUCACUCAUACCCACCGGCCAUGUCUGGCCUGCCCCCUGUCAUCCCUCCGACCGGGCCCUUUGGCUCGCUGCAGGGCGCCUUUCAGCCCAAGACCUCUAAUCCACUGGAUGUGUCCACAAGACCAGGAGCCGUCCCACACACAUUCUUACAGAAGGACCCCAGGCUAACGGAUCCAUUUCGGCCCAUCCACAGGAAACCAGGGAAGUGGUGCGCCAUGCAUGUCCACACUGCCUGGCAGAUAUACCACCACCAGCAGAAAGUCAAGCAGCAGAUGCAGGUCGAUCCUCACAAGCUUGACUUUGGCCUCAAACAUGAGUUCCUGAGUCGACCUCCAGGCCCUGGCCUGUUCGGCGCCAUCCAUCACCCCAACGACCUGGCACGCCCAGCUACGCUUUUCUCCGCUGCAGGUCCCAACCACCCAUCUGCAGGUCCCUUCGGCCAUCCAGCCCACCAUCCUGGAAACUUCCUCGCCCCGGCAUCUCACUUAGAACCUUUCCCCAGACCACCAUCCUUUGGAGGACUGGGAACUCUCAGUUCAUCUGCUUUUGGAGGACUGGGAAAUCCAGCACUAAAAUCCCUAGCAGCGGCCAACUCAGUGUUCGGCCAUAAAGAUGGCCCCAAUGCACAGCAGCACUUCAACAGCAGCAGUAACAGUGGCCACCAGGAGCCGUGGAACCGUCUCCACCGUACCCCACCCUCCUUCCCAACACCGCCACCCUGGCUGAAACCCGGAGACUCUGAGAGGAGCGCCUCAGUCAGCUCCCAUGAGAGAGACCGAGACUCUGACAAGAGAGACUCAGUCAGUAAGGAUGACAAGGACAGGGACUCUGUAGAGAAGCGUCAGCUGAGCCAUCCAUCACCAGUCCCUGUAAACUCCAUUAACCUCGUUGGCCACAAUCGGCCUCCUGAGCACCACAGGAACCAUCUGCCCCCAGCUUCUGGAGAACCUCAGAGGGAAAAAGAGAACAAGGCAAAAGACAGGGAGAGGGACCACUCAGAGUCCUGGAAAGACAAUGGCACAGAUGACCACAAGCUCAAAGACAGCCAGCACAGUGACAAGGACACACCUGUCAUCCUUGACAGCCGAGUUUCAGAGGACAAAGUGCCCAACAGGGGGACAACGUCACCCUACAUCCGGCAGACCAGCCUAGAACGUCCAAACAGCGGCCUGAGCAGAGAGGUCCUUGAGAAGAAGAUAGAGCUGCCAUAUGAGCACCAGAAGAAAAACAUUGAAGUGAAAGUGAAGGAGGAGAGGAAGGAGGAACAGGAUGGAGCUACAGAGAGGCUAAGUGAGCACCCGCUACAGGCACCCAACACACAAAACCUCCACCCUCCCUCCUCCAUGCCCAUGCACAUGGGCAUGGCUGGUGUCCAUCCCAUGAACAGCAUCAGCAGUCUGGACAGAACUCGAAUGGUGGCACCCUUCAUGGGUAUUAGUCCCAUCCCAGGAGCAGACAGGUUCCCCUAUCCUGCCUUCCACUGGGACCCAAUGCGGGACCCCUACAGGGGCCUGGACAUUCACAGACGGGACCCUUUGGCCAGAGAACUGCUUCUAAGAAAUGACCCUCUGCACCGCCUAGCAGCGCCACGUCUCUACGAGGCUGAGCGCUCCUACAGGGACCGUGAGCCCCAUGACUUUAAUCGUGACCACAUCCACCCUCUGGCCCUGGAGCAGAGGAGGGAGCAUGAACGCGCACAUCUGGAGGAGCGCGACCGCCUCAACAUGCUCAGAGAGGACUAUGAGCAUGGUCGCCUCCACCACGCAAUGCACCAUCCUGCCCUUGAGGGUCACCUCCCCCACCCAGCCCAUGGCCUCAUGGCCCCUGGACUUCCAGGCAUGCACUUCUCCAGAGUCAGCCCCUCGGCUGCAGCAGUAGCGGCCCAUCAGAAUGGUAUCCUCAACAAAACACCACCCACGGCCUCGCUGAGUGCCCCGCCUCCACUCAUCCCCACGUUGGGUGCCAGGCCUGGCUCACCCAGACGGACUACUCCCCUGGCCACAGAUAUCAGAGACAGGCCGCCUCACAAAGACAUUGAGGCACGGUGAGCUGAGCUUCAGCAGACUCAAACCCCUUCAGCCCUGUGCCUCAUUAACACUGAACUCACACCAAGCACUUAGCUUUGGGCAAAGCAAGACUGUAAUAUAGCUGUGAAUAACUUAUGCGGGCAGAGACACGCCCGCACGAUGAAUUGUUUUUGUAUAAAACUACAAAGAGACAAUAUUCAUGGAACAAAAAAAUACAUUUUUAAGAUUUUUCCUCAGUUUGCUCCAGCUUUUUGUGUCACUUCUUGUGCUGAACAAAUUUGGAAUGUACAGGUACUUUAGCACUGACAGCAAAGUGUGUAGAUAAUAUGUACAGUCGCUGUGCUCACUCUGUAUGGAUUAAAAAUCAUGGUACAAAUAUGCAAAAGGGUGUUUUGAAAGCUUUACUUUGAUCAUAUGUACACAGAGGAGUAUUAAGGCAGUGAUUCAGAAUGUGCUUUUUGCCAUGUCUUUAGUUUCUUUUGGUUGACACAGCUGAUUAGCAUUGUACCAGAGACCCCAUAUUCAACUAUGCAACUAAUGUCCGGGCUCCCUUCCUGAAAGCCGGCCUUCUCACCACCACAGACGGUGCACCAAUGACUGACCAAGAGCUGUAUUCUCUCAACAACUCAGACUCAAACACUGGGUCGCUGCAGCCAGAGAUGAGCUUUAACUGAUCCACACAAUUUGGAAAAGGUUACGUUUCGAAAAAAUACUGUCACGACUAUGAUGAAUUGUGUUGACAAUCCUAGAAACAGGUAGGGGAAGAAUUGCAUCUCAAAUGAUUUCUAACGUUAAAAGCCAGCAGCACAAAUGUUAAGGUACUUUUUUAUCCUACUCUUCUCUACGUCAGUUACCACCAGUCUUGUUCUGGGGAGAAUGCAGCACAUUAAACACCAUGACACCACAUGAGCCCUAUUGACGGAGUGUAAAGUACAUGUUUUGGAAAUAGGUUCUGUUCAAAGUGUAUCAAAGUGCUUUCCUAAGUUGUUGUACCUUCAAAAUCAAAAGACAAAAAAGCAAGUCUGACAAAGGACAGUUUGUUUCUAAUGAGCAGAGAUCUAUUUUAGUAGUCCACUGAAGGUUUAGUUGUGCGCUUCAAACUCUGUGAUAUCAUGUUGUGCAGUGUUUUUUAAUCCAACAUAAAAAUGUCCACCGGAGCCAUAGUGGUUAGUUGAUGCGUAUUUCAAAAAGAUUGUUAAAUGAGAACAUUUUUUUGCUGUUUACCAUGUACAGGGGGAAAAAAUGAAGUCUUUCUAGAUCAUGUACAAAAAUGAGAAAAAAUGAAGCGACUGAAUCUUCAGCAUGCUCCUCAUUUAAACUUGUGUUAUGUAAAUUGUGCCAUGUUAUUAAAAAAUGUGUACUUA